AUGAUCACGUGACGCCUGCAUUUCCGAUACAACAAUACACCAUAUCGGUCCGCAAUCGCAGACCCGUCCCCCGCCCCGUCCCCCCCACGCCUCGCUCUCGGUAUGGCGGACGGAGAACGGUCCCCGCUGCUGUCAGACCUGGGAGACGGAGCUCUGGGCGGCGGUAGCGGCGGGGUUUCCCCCGGAGCGGCGUCCUACAGCGCGGCCAGCAAAGCCCCGAAUUUCGCUCCUUUCCCCAGCCCCUCUCAGCCAUCGGUGCUCCUAGGGGAGGACCCUCCGCCCUACUCCCCACUCACCUCCCCAGACAGCGGCAGUGCCCCUGUUAUCAGCUGUAGGGUUUGCCAGAGCCUCAUCUCGGUAGAGGGCAAGGUGCAUCAGCACGUGGUGAAAUGUGGGGUUUGCAAUGAAGCUACGCCCAUUAAGAAUGCCCCAGCAGGGAAGAAGUACGUUCGCUGUCCCUGCAACUGUCUUCUCAUUUGCAAAGUCACUUCUCAGAGGAUUGCCUGUCCCCGACCAUAUUGUAAGAGGAUAAUUAAUCUGGGUCCAGUUCAUCCUGGGCCGGCCAGUCCUGACCCCCAGCCUGCCGGAGCCCGGGUCUCCUGUGGACACUGCAGCAACACCUUCCUGUGGACAGAGUUCACGGAUCGGACACUGGCCAGGUGCCCACACUGCAGGAAAGUCUCCUCCAUUGGUCAGAGGUAUCCGCGGAGGCGGAGCUUGUGGUGCUUUCUACUCUGCUUGCUAUUCUGCAUUUCCACUGCUGGGCUGAUGGCGGGAACGUGGGUGAAGGCUCAGACCUACCAGGGCAUCUACGCCUCGUGGGCCGUAAUGCUGCUCCUGGUUGUCGUCACCCUGGCCCGGGCCUUCUACUGGGCCUGCAUGAGGGUCAGCCAGCCACUCCAGAACUUCACAUAGAGGCCCUUCAGCGUCGUCUGGCACAGCUCUGUUUCCAGCCUGCCAGGCAGGAGGAAAAAUGGCUUAAAAACACACAAACACACACACAAUAUUUAUUUAAUUCCAACUCAAGAAAGAAGAAGUUCUCCUCCUCCUUGCCUUCCCUUUUAGUCAAAUGUGCUCCUGAAACUGAAUGGUGGUGGGUGCGACUGCUCUAUAUCUAUCAGUAAAUAUGAAGAUCCAUAUAGCCUAAUGUACUGUUGAUCUAUUCUAAUAUUGUGGCCAGUGUGGGGUUCAUUUUAACAUUUUAACACUUCUUCUUUUUCUCUAUACCCCUGUGCGUUAGAUUACACUUUUAGCUUCAGUCCGUGGCACAUCUGUUGCACUCCUGCAGCUUCUUAGACGAAGGCCAAUAGACAGUCUUGUCUUGGAAAUGAGUCUUAAUCCCUGUUGUUUUGUUUUGGGGAACUCUUCCUCUCCGAUCCUGAUUUCACAUUAGUGUUUCAGCAUUUAACUUCUUUUAAAAAAAAAAAACAAAAAAAAAACAAGAAGCAAAAGUCAGAUGAAGCUAUCAAAUCGAUGCCGGUCGUAGAUGAGUGGCUUGAUGAACCUCAGCCUCAGUUUUGUGAAUCAGAAGCUCAAGUAGGUGUUGAGAUAUGUCUGUAGUGCAUUAUAUGAAGGUAGACUACGAUGUGUCUGAACUCAAUGUUAAUGCUGAAUUAUCCCCUGUGACUGUCUUUGAUCCAAAGCAGCUUGAAAGCCUUAAAAGGAGGUGUGAAGGAAGGAUUCAGCACUCACGCACCACAUACCUACAGACACAUGAAUGCAUAGCAUCACACGACAAAAGCAGGAUGCUGUUGUAGGGCUGCAGCAGCUCAGAAGCUGCUCCCAGCCUCCCUCUCCAAAGACAGACUCGCAGACACAUUUCUUCACACUGUUGUGCUCGUGAUGAAAGUGAUGAAAGCCGGGACUUGAACGCCUAUUUGAUCCACUUUGUUGCUGUGGUCUGAUGAACAUGACGUCAUCGCUCCUUUUCCUGGAUCCGAACUGUAGCCGAGAGGUUUAUUCAUCUUUUCCCUUCUUUUUAACAUCUCAUUCUCAUAUUAAACAGUUUUUUUCAAUUGUUCCAGCUUUCUUUUACAUGUUUCCAGUUGAGAAAAGUAAAAAAAAGAUAGCAAGAAAGCUUUGCCAAACCCCCCCGCCCCUCCAUCCCUAAGACAUUCCUCCAUCUGCAUCUCUGUGCACUUUGACUGUCCUUGAUUCUCUGAAUCAUAACAGAAGAUGAAAUAAAUCAUCGACACUGUUUAAGGAGACACUGAUAUCCGUCUCCGUAAAGACAGAACCACCCGGUUAAAUCUGGAGUACCGCCUACACGCUUUCAGACUGUCUCCGACUUUUUUUGUUCUUGUUUGUAUGAAUCAGGAGUUACACGUGGUUAAAACAUGUCUGUUUUCUUCUGUCACUGAAGAUGGAGGCUGUUUCAGAGCUUCCUCACUCGUUGGUUCCAGGUGGGCUUCCCACCUUUAGGUCAGUGCUGAAUAUGUAGAAGUCAGUAGGAGUAGGUUUAUACAGCAAAUAUAACCACAAACACACACCACAUUUACACCCUCACCCAGUGUGAGUCCCAUAACCUCUACGUGAUUCUGAAUGUGGUGACAUUUAUUUCUGUUCUGAUGUCUGUAUUUUUGUUUUGAUUGUAAAUAUGUGUCGUUCAUGAACAAGUGACUAAGUGAAUUAUGUUGCACUCCGAGCUUAACACUACUGCUGUGAUGGGCAAGUUUGUAAUUUGUUGUUUUUAAGAGCGUUAUUUUUGCAAUUCUCCUCCUGUAUUUAAUUAUUUGAUUUACUACUAACCUAACGAGCCUCUGAACGCCAGGUUGUGUCGCAACCUUUCACACAAACACACCUGCAUACUCGAGACAUGACAACUGAGUUGUUCCUAAGUGGUGACAUUUAAGUGUGUCACACAAACAUGUGCCCAGAUCCUUAGAAAAAAAGUGAGAAAGGUACACUGCGUAAGAGUGUAGUUACCCUGGUGGACCGUACUGAGUUCACAGACAUAAAAGCGUCACACUUUUUGUUAUAUACGCUGCAAAAGUGGAUCACUUUAGCAAUCCAUUCUUUUACAGUCUUGCAAUGUUAUUUAUUGUGGGAAGGGUCUGUUGUGGAGUGGGGUUAUUUUACUGCUUCGCACCGCAGCCGCUCCAAGGGCAUUUGAUUUUAUUUCACUAUAGUGAUCUGCCACAUUCAAACUACGGUCGGUGCAUUGUCUUAUUUUUAAGGUUGCAUUGGGAACAAGUGGAACUCAUAGGAACGAAUUUAAGAUGGUUUAGGAUUUUUUUUUUCUUUUUUUUUUUUUUUUUUUUUUUGCAGUGCAGUGAUCAUGUUUUAUCCGUGACUGCAAAAGAAAUUAAUCAUGUUAAUGCCAAUAAUCAAGAACCUGGCUGAAGCUCUUUUCAGAGUUUGUUUACACUCGAUUAAAGACAUGAUGAUGACAACAGUUGACACGAGUGUCUCUUCAUUUUG